AUGCGCUCCUGCAAUACCUCCGAGGGAAAGAAAACUGACCCAGCACAGUUCUCACACCACACCUCGAUAUCCCGGUUGGCGCGGAGACCAGAGCUACAUUCAAGUCGAUUGAGCUCGAUACAACAGACUCGGUCAUUAUCUUUAUUUGGCUGGGGUUCCAGUAAGACGGCAGACGAAUUGCCCAAAGUCCAAUCUCCCACCACUUCACCCUCACAAGCAGUAGACGGCACUGCCACUCUACCCACCGUCGAGCCGAUACGAACAGUCAAGGCUACUCGUUCCACAGCGGACAGCCCCGACACGGCUGGCAGUAGCAAUGUCGAGUCAGAUGCCCUCCAGAACCUUGAGAACUCGGUGCUGGAGACCCAGAACACGAAUGCAGCCGCAGCCGCCAAUGAUACUGCGGACCUUGCUUCAAUCCCGGAAGGUAUUGGGUACCUGAAAGAUGUCUGUGGUCUUGACUUCGGCUGGGGCCCAACGUCACUCAUGCAGUUUCUUCUAGAACACAUCCAUAUUACCGCGGGAUUGUCCUGGUCCGCAUCGAUAAUAGCAGUGGUCUUCCUGCUUCGAGCCGCUAUCUACCCUUUCGCAGUUACCGCCUCCGACAUGACGGCCAGGUUUCAGGAGAUGAGUCCGAUGAUUAAACAGAUACAGGCCAGGAGUCGGGAGGCGCUUAACAACAAUGACCGUACAGCAGUUCUCGAGGCACAGAUGCAAAUGAGAGAGCUGAAGAAAGAAGGCAAAUUCAGUUUCAACAAGAUGUUCAGACCUUUAUUGCUCCAGUUUCCCUUGGGGUAUGGAGCAUGGCAUCUUCUAAGGUCAUGCUCCAACGUACCUGUUCCAGCAUUCGAAACAGAAAACUGGCUAUGGCUAAGCAAUCUGACCGUUGGAGACCCCUACUACGUCUUGCCCAUAGUCACAGCCGCCAUGACUUGGGUCAACGUCAUGACUUCUGCUAAAACACAAAACGCAAAUGCAGACAUGCCGGGAAUGGCGCUGAUCCGGAAUGUCUUUCCUGUGAUUACUGGUGUCUUCAUGCUGUUCCAGCCGGCUGCGGUACAGAUCUAUUUCCUCUGCAACGGCCUCUUCACUCAAAUACAAGUCUCAUCUUUGCAAAAUCCGACAUGGCGGAGGCUCCUCAAAUUGCAUCCUCUUCCCGGUCAAAGCCCGAAGACGGCAGGAAUUCCUCCCUCUCGCAUGAACAUUUCUCCCCAAGUGAUCAAUACCACUGGCAGGGUCAAAACAAGUUCAGCUCCCGCUCCAGAACCAGCCUUUGCUUCAGCCCAACCCACAAAUCGCAGCUUUAUCGACAGAGGAGUGGACUCUCUAAAAGCCGCCAGUCAACAGACGUGGCAGAAGGCUAUGGGUUCUACAAAGGAAAAGGCCGAACAAAAGGCCCAGGAACGGAAACGCCAAGCACAGAAAGAUGCGGCAGCUCGCUACGAGGCUCAACGAAGACAGGACCUGGAAAAUAUCCGUGCUUACCGGAAUGCUGCUCAGAGUGGCCACAGUGGCAGUCCGAAGCAAUAG